AUGGGAAGAAUUAAGAAGAAGGGAACCUCUGGUCAAGCCAAGAACUUCAUUACCAGAACUCAGGCAGUCAGGAAGUUACAAAUUGCUCUCCCAGACUUUCGUAAGUUAUGUAUCUGGAAAGGAAUCUAUCCUCGGGAACCGAGAAAUAAAAAGAAGGCAUCAAAAUCCUCGACCCAUUCUACCACCUUUUACUACACAAAAGACAUCCAAUGGCUUCUGCAUGAGAAGAUCGUUGAUGCCUUCCGCGAGCAGAAGGCUUUAGAGAAGAAGAUCUCGAAAGCUUUGGGACGGGGAGAUGCCCACGAUGCUGCAAGACUUGAGCGUAACGCUUCAAGACCGGAGAAGACUGGAAAGACUAAAUACAGUUUGGAUCACAUCAUUCGAGAAAGAUACCCUACAUUUAUCGAUGCGCUACGAGAUCUUGACGAUUGUCUGUCGAUGCUCUUCUUAUUUGCAAACUUACCUUCGACCUCGACUGUUCCUGCAAAGAUGAUUGCAAGAUGUGAGAAGUUAUGCUUGGAAUUCGAACAUUAUUUAAUCGUCUCAAACAGCUUGCGCAAGUCAUUCUUGUCUAUCAAAGGAAUCUACUACCAGGCGACUAUACAAGGACAGGAUAUUCUGUGGCUCGUACCUUAUAGAUUCAACCAACGAGUCACUGGAGAUGUGGACUUCCGAAUUAUGGGUACCUUCGUUGAGUUCUACCAAACUUUAUUAGGUUUUGUCAAUUUCCGUCUCUAUACUUCAGUUGGAUUGGUAUACCCACCAAAAUUCGACCAAGCCAGAGAUGAUCAGGACGCAGGUCUAGGAGCAUUCUCGUUGGAAGGAAAUGGCAUUGGUGCUAUUGAGCAACCAAAACAAAUCGCCAAUGGCGAUGCCUCAAAGCCUGAUCCGAGACUCCAGGCAGAGAUUGACAAAUUGAUGCUUCAACUUAAUGUGCCGGAGAAGGAGGCCGAGGAGACGAAGGCUUUGGCUGAUGGCGAGGAGGAAGAGCAAGCAACAGAAACCAUUGAUAAAUUCGAGCCAGCCGCACCAGGCGGAGAUAUUCUUAUGCAACCUUCCUAUUCUGCGACAGAUCCAUCGACUUUGUUCUCAAAGUUUACUUUCUUCUUAUCAAGAGAAACCCCUCGCCAAUCUCUCGAGUUCAUUCUCCGGGCAUUUGGCUGCAAGCGCAUUGGAUGGGACGCAGUUCUCGGAGAGGGUGCAUUCACUCACAAUGAAUCAGAUCCAUCAAUUACCCAUCAAGUAGUUGAUCGCCCACCCGUGCAAGUUCAACCUGAGGAAGACGAGGAAGUUAAGGAGGACAAUCAGACAGCACAGCGUUUGAGACCUGGAGCUCGAGUCCCUGGUCGGAUAUAUAUUCAGCCACAAUGGAUUUGGGAUUGUAUCAACGAUGAAGAACUCAAAAGACCAGAUUUGUAUGUACCUGGUGCACAAUUGCCUCCACAUUUGAGUCCCUUUGUCAAGAAAGUACGUGGUCAGUACGAUCCUUCGGCUCCUCUUGAGGAACAAGAAAGAGAGGACGAGGAGCUUGAGAUGGACAGUGGUAGCGAGGAUGAGGCAGAUGUUUCCGACGAGGAGGUGGCCGUUCAGAAAUCAGAUUUCCCUACAGCUAUGGAUGUAGAUGAGACUGCCGGAGGUAUGGAUAUCGCUGGAUCCGAUGAUGAAUCUGAUGAGGCUCCUGAAAAAGCCGAUGAGUCAUUCGGUGGGUUCUCCGAGGCCGAAGAUAGUGAAGAUGAAGAUGAAGGAGAAAUUGCUGCUCUUCAACGUCAACGAGAACUCGAAGCUGAGUUAUCAGGUGUGGCUUUGCAAGAAAAGGUGGUUGACCCGAGAGUUAAAGCCAAGACGGACGCCAAGAAGAAGGCAGCCAAGAAGACGAAAGAAGAAGACGAGGAGUUGGAGAGAUCUAAGAUGAUGAUGAGCAGGAAAAAGAGGAAGAUUCUAGAGAAGAUGGUUUACAGUAAUAAGAAGAAAGAUGCUGAGGCAGAGGCAUUAAGAGCUAAGAGGAGAAAGAUUGAGAAAUCUGGGAAAGCUGCCCCAAGAGAGUAA